AUGUCCUUACCAGAGGAUGACGAGUUGAUCCAACUCUUUGACAAAGUAGGUUUUGAGGAUAAAAAGUCCAGGGAAAUUGCCAAAAACAAAAAAGUUGCCCGUCUCUUGCAAAAAAUUCUUUCUCAGUCAGAUGCCUCUGGCUAUGACGAUAAGAAACUCGCAUUGUUGCACCAAUUGGCCGUUACUGAAAACAAGCAGGGCUCAGAGAUAGCUCAUAUUGGGUAUUUGAUCAACGGUAUCAACAAGGGUGAAAUCAAGACAAACUUGCAAAUCACAGAGGGGGCAAAAUACUUGCAAGCGCAUGAUAAGCCAACCAUUGAAGAGUUCAACGAUGCCACGGGGGUAGGCGUGGAAUUGUCCGAGAAUGACGUGAGAAGAGAGAUUGACAGUUAUCUAACAUCGAUUAAGGGCGACGUGGAAACGAAGCGAUACUCGAUUCUCUCGAAAGUCAUGGCGGACGUCAAGGCUCAACCGUCGUUGAAAUGGGCGCCACCCAACUUGUUCAAGCCAAUUUUGGAUGAGUUAUUUUUGGCAAGAAUAGGCCCCAAGGAUGAACGGGACUUGAUAAAGAAAAAGAAGGAGAAAAAGCCAACCGCUGAUCCCAGCAGCAGCAUCAGCAGCAGCAGCAAGAAAAGCAAGACUGAAGAGCCAGAAGAGAGAUCGAUGUUUUCUGAAGGUUUUCUUGGAGACUUGCACAAGCCGGGCGAGGAGCCGCAAAAGUACCCCGAGUUGUUGCAGGCGCAUCGUGACUUUAUCCAGGGAAGAGUGUAUACCCGGUUCCCACCGGAGCCCAACGGGUUUCUCCACAUUGGACACUCGAAAGCCAUCAUGGUCAACUUUGGAUACGCCCAGUUCAACGAGGGCAAGUGCUAUUUAAGAUUUGACGACACCAACCCCGAGGCCGAAGAAGAAAAGUAUUUCAACUCCAUCAAGGAGAUGGUCUCGUGGUUAGGGUACAAGCCAUGGAAAGUGACCUAUUCUUCGGACUAUUUCGACGAGUUGUACGCGUUAGCAGUUGAGCUAAUCAAAGCAGACAAGGCCUACAUUUGCCAUUGUACCGCCGACGAGGUCAAACUCAGCAGGGGCCAACGCGAGGACGGGACCUUGGGUGGGGAAAGAUUUGCUUGUAAACACAGGGCACAACCGGUUGAGCACAAUUUGCAGGAGUUUGAAAAGAUGAAGAAUGGCAAAUACGCCGUUGGUGAAGCCACUUUGCGCAUGAAGCAGGACUUGAACAACCCUUCGCCUCAGAUGUGGGAUUUGGUCGCUUACCGGGUCUUGAACAAGCCUCACCACCGCACGGGGGACAGAUGGAAGAUAUACCCCACUUAUGACUUUACCCAUUGUUUAGUUGAUUCUUUGGAGAACAUCACCCAUUCCUUGUGCACUACUGAGUUUUUCCUAUCUCGUGAAAGCUACGAAUGGUUGUGUGACGCAUUGCAUGUAUAUAGACCGGCGCAAAGAGAGUACGGGCGGUUGAACUUGACGGGGACCAUCAUGUCGAAGAGGAAAAUCGCCAAAUUGGUGAAUGAAGGUUAUGUUCGAGGCUGGGACGAUCCUAGACUUUACACGUUGGAAGGUAUCAAGAGACGAGGCGUGCCGCCGGGGGCCAUCUUGUCUUUUAUCAACACGUUGGGUGUUACAACAUCGACCACCAACAUCCAGACUGCUCGAUUUGAAAGUGCCGUGCGCACGUAUUUGGACCAGACCACGCCGCGACUUUUCCUCAUCUUGAACCCCGUCGAGGUGCACAUUGACAACUUAGGGGAUGGCGAUGAAUUCUGGGUGGAGAUCCCGUAUAAGCCCGGUACUGACGUCAACAACUUGGGCCAGCGCAAGAUCAAAUUCACCAACAAGAUCUACAUUGACCGCGCCGACGUGAGGGAUGUCGCCGCCGACAAGGAAUUUUACCGAUUGGCUCCAGGGCAACCCGUGGGGUUGAUGAAGGUUCCCUUCAACAUCAGCUUCAAAUCUAUGGAACACGUGGAUGGCAAGACUAUUGUGCAUGUAAACUACGAUAACGACGCCGGUGUUCCUUUGAAAAAACCAAAGACUUAUAUUCAAUGGGUGCCAGUUAACGAUUGUAUCCAUGUCAAGGAAGUGAGAAUUUAUAACCAAUUGUUCAAGUCUGAGAACCCUGCCGCGCAUCCCGAUGGGUAUUUGAAAGACAUCAACGAUGCUAGUGAGGAGGUGUUGCAUAACGCCGUGAUUGAGUCCAAUUUCCAUGAAAUUGUCAAGAAGUCACCUAUGAAUUUGGAGAUUCCUGGGUCUCAGUUUAAUAUCAAGGAAAGCGAGGGCAACAACACCAUUCGGUUCCAAGCUUUGAGAGAGGGUUACUUCUGUGUGGAUAAAGACUCGGGCAAGAGUGACAAAGAGGUGAUUUUGAACAGGAUCGUUACCUUGAAAGAAGACGCCAAUAAGUAG